AUGACAAAACCAAAAAAAAAAAGGACAGACCUGAAUGUGCCAAAGUUUGUGAUCGACAGAUGGCAGUCUGGCACAAGCGCCAAAGACGAGAUGGCUGAGCUGUUGUUGCAAGUCAACAACGACAAGGAGAAGUUCAUCACCGAGCUUGAGCUCAUCGUUCGCAAGAUCAAGAAGUUCGUUCUUCAUAUCGACGAAGGCUGGUACAGCGAACAAGAGAUGAAGAGCGAGCUCAAGUGGUCCCAGACAAGAAUCAGUGGUGCCAAGAAGAUCUGCGACGCGAACCCGGCGCUGACCAGGUGCAACCAAUAUGACGGCGUCAAGGAAUAUUACGUGACAGUCAGAGAGACAGCCAAGCAUGUUCAUGCGCAAGAGAACGAGCACACCGAGAAGACGAUUCAGAAGGCAACCGACCCAGUCGACGUGAAGAAGGACGACUUCGCCCUGCUGGACAAAGCCCAGGCACGAUCCGGCAACUCGUCGAUCAAGACCCUCGAGGAUCACAUCACCAAGUUGGACGCAGAAUAUGUGAAGAUCAACGAGGCCAAGGCUAACGGGGAGGCCGCAUGCAGCUCGGCAGUGCUGUCUGCCCGGGCUGUGGUGGAAGAAAUGCCAGCUGCAGCGACUUCUUCAGUGCGAAGGGUUGCCAAGUGCUCUCUUGGGGAUGCCGAGAGGGACAUGCAUAGAUUGGGGAAAAAGUUUCGGUUGAGACUUGGGGUGCCCCUGAGCCGUGUUUCGCUACUGAACAAUGUGCAGAUCGCCCUACUGUUCAUGUCAUCCUGGAUCAAGUAUUUUCUUGAGAAGAACCUUUGGUAUUUCCUAUGUGGUUUACAAGAGCCGGACGAGCAACGAUGUGAGCGACAACUGGGGCUAUUCUGGGAACGUUUUCGUGGGAUUUCACCGAAUCAUCCAGUAUUUCAACGAUCGACGGCUGACCUUUGCAGGACUUGUCCCGUCCUCGUGCACGGGGACGAGGGACGGAGUGCCAAGAAAACGGCAAUCAUGAUAUUGUCUUUUCAUGCUGUUCUUGGCCGUGGAAGCCAGCCAUCGACAACUCCGGGGCCUUCUUGUGAGGAGUCCACGACACAGGAACUGAAUUUUCUUGGCCACACCUUCGCCACACGAUAUUUGCUAUCCGUAUUGCCACGGGCCAUGUACGACGAUGAGGUUGCAGGUAACUUCCAGCGACUUUUGGGCCAUCUUGUUCCGGAUAUGCGAAGGCUUUUCGAGGAAGGGUUGGUAUCCCCUAUCUACGACAAGAAGUUUUAUGUAUGCGUCGUCAACAUUGUCGGGGAUUGGCCAUUCUUGGCCAAGGCAUUCAACUACAAUCGGACAUUUGGAAAUUCCGCGAAGCGCGAGACGUCCAAACAAGUGCCAAAGGGGAUCUGUCAUGCAUGUUUGGCCGACAGGCCAGGCUUCCCUUUCGAGGAUUUCGAAUCCGAGGUGCCGCGGUGGAAGCAAACUGUCAACUCUAUCCCUGCCUAUACUACGACGCCGGUUCUGAUGACGUUGGCACAUGACACGGACGACCCAUCCGGCUUCGCAGGCCAAGAUUACUUCCACGGCUUUCAUCUCGGCGCCGGCAAAAUCUUUAUGGCUUCCGCUCUGGCUCUUUUGAACUACAGUUUCGAUGGUCAGAGCUUCCAGGUUCGCUUCAAAAAGAUGGAAGAAAAGUUCUUCGACUGGUGCAGCCACCAUCGCCAGCAUCCUUACAUCCGCAAGUUGAACCAGGACACGCUGGGUUGGCCUCAUGCAACGGAGCCAGCAAUGGGAGGGUGGAGCAAAGGCUCCACCACACUAUGUUUGCUGCGUUGGUUCGUUUGCUACUGCCACGAGAUGCGAGACACAAUCGCCCAGGAUUCCUUGCUGUUUAUGUCUUGGCAAGCAGCAUGGCAAAUCAACAAAUUCUUUUCGCUGCUGUACCGCGAGAAACUGUGGAUCAUCGCUUCGAAAGCAAAGGAGAUAGCUGCAUAUGGGCGGGCUUUUCUCAGGCUCAACGGCCGCUGUGCAAAGCGCGCUUACGACGAAAACCGGCCGUUGUUCAUGUUUAUGCCUAACUUGCAUCGACUACAGCACCUUAUGAUCAGGAUGGAAGAUCAGGCUCGGGUUUCGACCUGGGUGCAGAACGGCUUGAUGUGGAGCUGUCAAGUCGAGGAGGACUUCAUCGGCCGACCCUCGCGAUUAAGCAGGCGAGUUCAUCCUCGGCGAGUUAUCGAUCGCACACUGCUUCGGUCUCUCACGGCAGCUCAUAGGCAGUUUCGAUCGGCCGGGCUUCUCCGCGACAUGUGA